ACCUGCGAACGAGAGUAUUCAAGCAUGAUGGUCGUUGCUUGCAUGUGCGAUUGACGUUUCACCUCUUGUCAAAUAUGUGCUUUAUUGACUUGUGCACCUUCGUUAAGCAAUACCAUGGAUGACACAGACUUUCAUGAGUGUUGCAUCGAUGAAAUCGCACUCGAAGGACUGGACGGUAUCACGCUCGAGGCCCUGUGGACGCGGCUUCAGAACCGUCCGCAGUUCCCGCUGGCAAUCGAUGACGACUCCAAAGACUUCAUCUGGCGAACCCUCAUUCCCGAUACACGUUUACGUUUCUACAAACUGCCAACACCGCGUCCGAAACUCAUCAUUUAUGACCGCUACCAGUACCUGGAUCCUGAGAGUGGAUACGUUAUCGAACCGGAUGACUUGCCCGAAGAUCCCUACCCUCCCAAAAUCAUCACCGAAGAAGGGGUACGUGGCUCGUGUUCGACGUACUAUGAACGCGUCGACGUCACCAACGAGGUCAGAGCUUCGUCUCAGACUUCCAAAGAAGUCGAAGAGCAGUGGGGGAAUACACUGGUCGUCGUGGCAGACCAGCUCACUCGUGAACGCGCAAUCAUGGGCCCCAACAAUAGCGUACAAGACAUGGACCUGAACGACCGCAAAUACGCCAUCCUGGAACGCAUCGGCAGAUCACGGUACUUGGGCCAGACGUCUCAAGGGAAGCAGGACCUGACUGCCUUCAAGGAGACACCUGCCAACAUGUUUGUUCACCGCAAGAAACUUCUCCAGAGGAACCUCGUCACGAAACAGGUUCACUACCAGAAGGACAGCGGUGGUGGGUCUCACACGGGUUCUCUGAUGCACCUUCCGCGGUUCUACGUCGAACGGCACACCAAGAUGCAGGUCCUCAUCCAGGAAGCAUGCAGGCUGCUUGCAGCGAAGCCAGACAAACGCGAAGUCCUUCAGAAGAUUCGUGCGGACAUGGGAAUGAAAGAGGGUGCAUUUAAGAAACUUCUGGGCGUUGCUACACCACGCUACUUGAACGUGAGGUCCAUGCCUUUCAUCGAGUUCUUUCCGAACGCGACCGAGAAGGAGUGCUACACCAAGAACAAGAAGAUGCGUAUUCUACGGGUCGUCGAGCUCGUCAAGUACUUCCAGAAGGGUGAGGAGGACGAAGAGGAGGGAGACCAUGCGGGUGAGGAGGAUAUCAUCUUCUUUGCACCGGAAAACUUCAUCUACAACCUGACCCCGCUGGAGCAGGCAUACAGGGCCGUGCGGAAGGCCGGGACAGCGGGAAUCUCGCAGUCCCAGCUGCAGGUCGCGCUGACGGCCACCAAGCCGGAGGUGCGAUGCUUGUGUAAAAGUCUGCUGAAGAAAGGCAUCGUGGUGACGUACAUGGAAGAUGUAGGAAGGCAGCGGGUGUCCAAGUAUUUUGCCAAGAGCAUCGUGCCACAGUCCGACGUCCACAAGAAGUACCUCGUGGAGAAAAAGAGAAUGAUGGGACAUUUCGAGGGGCAGAGGCCGUCGAAACGGCGGAAACUCAACGAGGACAUCAGCGAAAGCGGUCCAUCUCAACCGGUAUCGGAAGAAAACACGAUGGAGUCAACCGGCACCACGGAAAGCUCGCACGCGGAGGUGCUGGGCAGUGUGCCGCAAGGCACACCAGCGGUGACGGUUGAGACCGACGGAAAGUUGGAGUUUUCGCGGAAGAAGCUGCUGGACAAUUCGAAGGUUAGCUUCGCAAACGGGCUGCAGGACGAGAAGACGAAACACAACGUGAAAAAGGUCUUCUCGUACAAGAAGCUCAUGAGGGCCAAUCACAUAAUCGAGUACGUCUCGAAAGAACAGCUGGUCUCCGACACAACAAAGCUCCUCAAGCACCUGCACAAGCUGGAAGCCGAAGCCGGUUUCUCGGACAAGUGCGACCGGGUUUCUCUGGAACGUCUGCUGUGCAAGCUGUGCAAGGAAGGACUUCUGAAGUCGUUCCGUACCAUCCUCCGAAUGGGUACGAAAGAAAAGAAGCUCCAGCUCAUCUGCCACCCCAGCGUCACAAAAGACGACGAGAUCUUCAAGACCACCAUCGAGCAGGCCAAGUUCAAGUACUUCGCGAUCCACCGAGAGCCGAAGAAGCGGCCGGGCACGGUGGAGACUCCGAGGGAGGAAGAAGUGCCGAAGCUCCUGUACAACCCGCAGAUGAGCCGCGUCUACGGGGCCGAGCCCAAGUUUCGGCGCAUGCACAUCUGCUACGCGUUCAUGCACUACAUGAUCUAUUCGUACAACGGCAAGCUGAUCGAAUCGGGCGAUCCGGACGCCCCGGCCCAGUACCAUGAGGACAUCAGCUGGCGCACCUUCGUGUCGCCGCUUCCCAAGAGUCCGAACACGCCUGAGGGUUGGUGCAUGUUCAGCGACAUCCUGCUGUCCCUCCCCCUGUCGAUAUUUGUCAAAAUCGUCAGCUCUCUCAAGUACAAGAUCGACGGCAUCGAAGAGUACCUACAAGACGACGUCAGACGUCACUACCUCAUCCGCUGCCUGCCGGUCAAGCUGCGAAACGCUCUGCUCUUUGCCCGGCGGUACAUCUACUCUGUGCACGAGACGAUCAAGCGAUUGGCUUACAUUGGGCUCCUGACCUUUGGUCCUCAAAGGCUCAAGGAGAAGGACCAGGUCUACUUAUACCUGCAUCGUAGGAUAAGGAUCAAGGACACCACCAUCUCACUGCCGGGGUACCACCAGAUCAGCCCAGACACCGAGUACCCCGUCAAGGAGUACUUCCUCCAAACGCAGGACGACGUAAACGAUUUUUGGAUGAGCACCGAACAGAUCUGCGUCCACACGCCGUUGGGAACGGUGCAGACGGCGAUGCGGGGGCAGACGAUAACGUUGCAGAACCUCUACAAGAAACCGGCCAUGGUGGAAGCGGUACGCAACCGAGAGUUCCACGAGGCGGUGGACGACGGGAACAUUCCGGGAGACCAGCUCGGAGCCGCGGGAUUCGACUCCGCGCUCUUCCCGCACCUGAAGCGUAACUGGACCUACAUAGCGAGCGUCCAGCAGAAGGCCGUCACCGGAAAGAACAUGUCGUCGUCUUCGAAAGUGACGCACGUGAAGGGAUACCUCGACUACAUGAGCAGGACAUCGAAGGAAGCGAAGCGCGGGAGCACCCCGAAGCAGCAGCAGAAGCAAAGGUUAGGGAGGUUGCAAGCGAUGAUAUCCAGGAUUGCAGUCUACUAUCCGAGGGAUGGAUCAUCAAAUGCGCAGGCGCUGUCCAUGCCGGCCAUCGCGUCGGACACCGCAUCGCCCCUGAAGGCGACUGCAAGGACUCCUCCCGCGCCCAGGAAGAAUAAGGAACAGAAGAAGUCCGGCGAGGUUGUCCGCGUGCUCCGCAAGCGAGGCUGGAACAAGGAGCGCAGGCCAUACUACGACGAGAAGGACAAGGAGGCCCUGAGAUCGAUGAAGACCCUGCGUGUCAGCUGGACGACGCAGGAGGACAUCAUGUUGCUCUUCUGCAAAGUGGCGUCCCUUUUCCUCGAUCCGCACCAGGCGAAGAUGGUUGUGCCGUUCAGUUGCAUACGUGACAUCAUCCACGAGUACUUUCCAGACAUUAGCAAGGACAAGACAUCGCGCGCGUGCCAGCGUCGACUGCACUUCAUCAUGCUCAACCCCGCUACGGCAGCCAACGUGUCGGUGUUCCUGUGCGAGGCCCGGCAGGACAAGAAGCUCACGGAAAUGUUCCACGGGCCGAAACCGCCCAGGUCCGCGGAGGAGCAGUGGGUGAAAAUGCUGAGGACAGUCAUCGAACACCUGCGAGAAAAAUUCAGCAAGGGACCGGCGGAGAGGCUGGGCGAUCACAUGCUUCCACAAACAGUAGCCGAGCUUAAGGAACGCUACAACGUGAUCGUGUCCGGCAACCUUGGAAUUGACUCCUGGUCGUGCCAAGAACCGCACAACGUUGUGGACAUCCACUUCAACACAGUUUCACUGAUCAUCAUGUCGUCGUUCGCAGCCGACACUGGGAAGUCAAACUGGUCUCUCCUGCUCUACCGCAUCUACGAGCAGUACCCCGACAAGCUGAUACGGUCAGUGUCGUCGAGGCUGAAGCACAAGGGGGUCAUCGCGAAGAAGAAGUGUCAUGCCAAGAAGCAGCUCGGGUCACUCUCCAUGUCGUCCCUCCCCUUCAAUCUAUCCAAUCGCUUCCACUACGACCUUGCUCGGCGAUUCCUCCCCGAAUGUUUUUCCACGAUGGGCGAACUCCUCGUCGAGCUGUUCAGACAGUUUCACGCGGGGGAAAAGCACACGUGCGCGGGAAACACGGAUCCGUCACACGCGAUACUGCUCUGUAAUUUGAUCAUGUCCGGCAACCUGACCUUCAGCAUCGAAAUUCCACAGACCAUCGUGGAGUUUGAUCAGGGCGUACUCGACAGCGUACCGUGCGCACCGAGGCCGAGAAGGGUGCCAGAGAACCUCGACGACGAACUGCCGAAAGACCUGGAGGACGAGGAGAACGCCGGCCUGUCGGAGAAGUCGAGGACGUUCAGGUUCGAGACGAGCGGGGCGAAUGUCAGGACAUCGAGGUCCUUCCUGUACAUGCUGAGGCAGGACAUGAACAAGGCCCUCGAGCUGAACACGAUUCGACCGCAGGAUUACGUCGCGAUAAGACCCUGCAGGGUGGAGUGCAGCGUCCGGGACGACAGGUUCCUACCGACCUGCCACGUUGAAGCGCCGACCGACAAGUCUUACCGCAUGAAGAUACGGAGCCCAGUGUUCGACAGAGUCGUCCAGACACAACGAACGUGUAUCCCACCAAGCUAUACCUCGAAAGAUUUUGUGGAAGACAGGGUUAGGAGCAUGUUCUCGCAUGACCAAGGUCUAGCCCGGAAGCUGUACGCGUGGAUCACUCAGAAGAAAGAGCUCGGGGUGGUGUUCAGCGCUAUCUGCGCAGAGUUCUCAACGGAGGACACAUCCAAGUUGAGGGAGGUGCUGAGCACCCUCGUAGACGAGAUGGCGGUUGUGGUUGUUGGGGUCAAGUGCUUCCGGUACGUCGCAGCUCCCUACGGCAAGCCGUGGAUGGUGAAAUCAUUCAAGAUACCGAAGGACCUUCGGUCACGAGCAACAUCGCUCGGCGAGGAAGCUGUACACAGGGCCAAACGACCAAGGGUCAAUGCACCUGAUGAGAAUGUUCAGCACGGGAUUUCAGAAGCAUCCGGAUCAGAAGAGGCAGGUCAACAAGAAUCACAAGAGGACACAUCAAAGGGUGGGCCCAGCCGUUUGGGGCAGAUGGUAGAAGUUGAAGCUACGAGCUCAGAAGAACUGAUAGAGGUCAACAUGGAGAUCAGGAAAUGUUCAAUGAUGGAUGAGACAGCAAAAAAUUGUGCAAUUUCCGAUUCCAGUACGUCUGAUCAAAGCGAGCUUCUGGAGGAAGCAGAGAAUGAGUUGGCAACCGGUUCUGAGACUUCUAAGGAGACCGUGGAUCCUGAUGUAUCUAGCCAGAGAGAGUCGCACAAAGGGGCCAGAAUGGUACGGUCUGAACCUCUGGGGAAUGCUGAAGGGGAACCCGGGACAUUGAAGAGAGCUGAAGAAGAACUUGCAAACGAGUCUCAGGUCCCAUCAAAUACUCCACAUCCAAAAACAACCGCUAGGCGGAAAGAGGCAGGGAAGAGCGGACUCGAAGGACCCGCAACAUGCCAGGAGCCCGGAAACCCCAAGGAAGACUCGAGAGAACCUUCAGCACCAAAGAGGGACAGGACAAACUGUUCAGCCACAAGGCCUAGGUCUGACGGAACAGAUCCACAGAAAGGAGAGAAAGACCGCGGCACCGAAGGAGAACCGACGGAGGAGGACGACGACGACCAGCCCGGAACCUCGACGGGAACGCCCGCGAGCCGUAGAAGACAGCCGCGGAAUUCCAGGGGAUCGAAGGACAGCUCCGCCUCACCACAGCCCCCGCCGGAGCACCAAGAGAGACGGGGCAACGCGCAGAAACGGACCUACUACGAGACCGCCUCGCGCAAUCUCAACCUGGACGCCGUCGAGCGGAUCCUCUUUGUGCCGCGACUUUGGAAGAAGCCCGACGGCACGCUCAACCGAUCGAUGUUCCACACCUUCCUCUCCGCGACCCUCUCCCACAUCAUGGACAACCCCGGCAUCACCGAGGACGAGCUCGCGGGUUCGUUCUCGAAGCAGACGGAGCCGCCUGUCCAGCUGCUGGAGUGCGUGAGCAUCCUGGAGAGGUUGCACUGCGUCCGGCGCCAUCACCUCAGAGGUUACAACUCAAGGUGCACCUUGUUCUCAAAGAGACGAGAUAUGACCGUCGAAGAGACCUAUCGACCAGGCGACAAAGCGUUCUUCGAAGCCACCGAGGGAGCCGUCGCCCAGUUUGCGGCGUUCACGUCACACUUUCUAAAGACCAGGGACGCGACGUGAUGUCGAGACCCAUGCUAGGCGGGGCCAGUGUAAAAAAUGUAAAACGACUGGAACGAAUGUAAAAAUUGUUGUGGGACGUGUUGUUUGGUCAGUGUGCGGUUGAGGACUAGAAUGAAUGGAGAAUUUGUUACUUUUUUCACAUUAUUUCUUGUACAUAACAUGUCUAUUUAUGUUGUACAUUGCGAGGCUUUGUUAUUAUUUCAGCGUGGUGAUUUGGUUUCACUAGCCCAACAAUAAAGACACUCCUGUUGGGAGUCCUCUCUGA